AGCAAAAAAGAAAAGGAAACUAAAUCUGGAAGAUCUAAAAGAUCGGAAAGUAAAAAUGGGCCUGCAGACGACCAAGAUGGUUCCAAUAAGAAAUUGCCUCCUGCAACUCAGUUGAUGAGGGUGAAGCAGCCAGGGUCACACUCGGCCGCUAAGAGGGAGAAGAGGUUCAGCACUUCCUUUUUCCCUCUCAGUGCUAACAGAGAGCUACAGAAACUACUUACACUGGCAGAUGUGGCCCCCGCAGAGCAGGAGAAGCUCUUCAUCCAGAAGCUUCGCCAGUGCUGCGUUCUUUUUGACUUCCUGUCCGACCCGCUGAGCGACCUGAAAUGGAAGGAAGUGAAGCGCGCGGCGCUGAGCGAAAUGGUGGAGUACAUCACCCACAACAGGAAUGUCAUCACAGAGCCCAUCUACCCAGAGGUGGUGCACAUGUUUGCAGUAAAUAUGUUCAGAACAUUGCCUCCAUCGUCCAACCCCACUGGAGCGGAGUUUGAUCCAGAGGAAGACGAGCCAACACUUGAAGCUGCAUGGCCACACCUCCAGCUCGUCUACGAAUUUUUCCUUAGGUUUUUAGAAUCGCCCGACUUUCAGCCUAACAUAGCAAAGAAAUACAUCGACCAGAAAUUUGUUAUGCAGCUCCUAGACCUAUUUGACAGUGAGGAUCCCAGAGAGAGAGACUUCCUCAAAACUACCCUCCACAGGAUCUAUGGAAAGUUCCUGGGGCUGAGAGCGUACAUCAGAAAACAGAUCAAUAACAUUUUCUAUAGGUUUAUCUAUGAGACAGAGCACCAUAAUGGUAUAGCUGAACUACUGGAAAUACUUGGAAGCAUAAUCAAUGGAUUUGCCUUACCACUUAAAGAAGAGCACAAGAUUUUUCUGUUGAAGGUUUUAUUGCCUCUGCACAAAGUCAAAUCACUCAGUGUCUACCAUCCACAGUUGGCCUACUGCGUGGUGCAGUUUUUGGAAAAGGACAGCACUCUAACUGAGCCGGUGGUAAUGGCUCUACUAAAGUACUGGCCAAAGACUCACAGUCCCAAGGAAGUGAUGUUCCUCAACGAGCUGGAGGAGAUCCUGGACGUCAUUGAGCCCUCUGAGUUUGUUAAAGUGCAGGAACCUCUUUUCAGACAGCUGGCCAAGUGUGUGUCUAGCCCGCACUUUCAGGUGGCAGAGAGAGCUCUGUACUACUGGAACAACGAAUACAUCAUGAGUCUGAUCAGCGACAACGCAGCAAAGAUCCUGCCGAUUAUGUUUCCUGCACUCUACCGCAACUCCAAGACCCACUGGAACAAGACCAUCCACGGCCUCAUCUACAAUGCUCUGAAGCUUUUCAUGGAGAUGAAUCAGAAGCUCUUUGAUGAUUGCACACAGCAGUUCAGGGCCGAGAAAAACAAAGAGAAGGCAAAGUCAAAAGAACGUGAAGAGGCUUGGAUCAAGAUCGAGAACCUCGCCAAGUCAAAUCCACAGUUCUUUAUGUAUGUUGAUUCCUCUGACCUCAAUAGUCCUGUAGCAAUGGAGACGGAUGUCCCUUUGAUAGAAGAUGUUCUGAGGUUAAAAAAGACAGUUGAGGAGGGCGCGAUUCAGUUGCAGCAUGAGCAGCGGAAAGAGCGGCCUAUGGUGCGACGCAAAUCUGAGUUGCCUCAGGAUAUCUACACCACAAAAGCCUUGGAGUCCCACCGCAGAGCUGAAAACAUGUUGACCACCCAUGAUGGACUCUAGGUCCCACCACCUGCCGGCUCUUUGUUCAACUGCCCCUUUUACCCUCGACAGCCAUGGACAUCCUCUUCGCCCAGGCGGCAGAAUUACACUGACGACCAUGUUGGGCUCUCCAUCCCUCCUCCCAGCACCAGUUUUCAUAGAAUCCUCCGUUCUCCUUCAUUCCUGCUGCCCCAGUGCAAAAGCCCCGUUUCCUCCUCAGAUUUCUGCUUUCUCAGGUUUUUUUUUCUUUAUUUGAAGAAGCGUGGGAUUGUGUUUGUUUGUCUGUUAGCCUUUGCCACAUUCAUUGUGUUCUCUGAUUAUUUCCCCCAUCGGUUCCUCUUACCUUGCUUUCUCCUUCCAUCCCCCUGUGCGCUCACUGUAAAUGUGGAACCUGGGAGUAUGGAUGCCACAACGUUGGCUUCUUCAUUCCUUCUUGCAAACACAAUGGAUUGGACAUGGAAACAUAGGAACUGACUGACUCACUGUCUAAGGAUCGUCACUUGGUCUCUGCUUGGUUUUCUUUUCUGUCAAAGG